UGGGUUAAAAUGUGUAGAGGUGCGACAGGCUGUCAGUGCUUUCUGGAGUUAUGGACAAGAGGGGCGGAAUCCCCUCCUCUUUGCCGGCCCUACUAGCCGCGUCCAUUUCGCGCGUAGUGGCCCGAUUUAAGGCGUACAAAGUGUCAGCUUUAGGAAUCUGGAAGCUUGGUGGUCCCAUGGCCCCGCUUGGAGGCGCCCCGCGGCUGGUGCUGCUGUUUAGCGGGAAGAGGAAAUCCGGAAAGGACUUUUUGACUGAGGCGCUGCAGAGCAGACUUGGAGCUGAUGUCUGUGCUGUCCUCCGGCUCUCUGGUCCACUGAAGGAGCAGUUUGCUCAGGACCACGGCUUGGAUUUCCAGAGACUCCUGGAUGCCAGCACCUACAAGGAGACCUACCGGAGGGACAUGAUCCGCUGGGGGGAGGAGAAGCGCCGGGCUGACCCAGGGUUCUUCUGUAGGAAGAUUGUGGACGGUGUGUCCCAGCCGGUUUGGCUGGUGAGCGACACACGGAGGGUGUCUGACAUCCAGUGGUUUCAGGAGGCCUAUGGAGCUGUGACACAGACAGUCCGUGUGGUAGCCUCGAAGGAGAGCCGACAGCAGCGGGGCUGGGUGUUCACACCAGGGGUGGAUGAUGCCGAGUCAGAAUGUGAUCUGGACAACUUUGGGGACUUUGACUGGGUCAUUGAGAACCAUGGAGAUGAGCAGCACCUGGAGGAACAGUUGGGGAACCUGCUGGAAUUUGUCCGGUGUAGACUAUAGUCACCAGGCUCUAGGAAUGAACAGGGUGGCUGGGCUGGGGCUGACCCUGACUCUGAAGGAUUUGGAGGAGCAGACAGAUGGCCUGGCUCUAAAUUUCUGAGGGGGCUGCUGGAUGUCAGACAAGUCAGGAAAUCUCUGGGGGAAUGUGUCUUCUCUGCAGAGAGGAUGCCCUUUAAGAGACAAAGGAAGGUGAAUCAGCUGUGUUCAAACCAUCUCCAUGAUACCAGGCCUCUGACCUGUGCUGGCCUUGCUGCCCUGUGGAUACUGUCAGCCUCUGGCUCUUGGCAAGACUUGGUGCUCCCCGGCAAGGAUAUUAAUAAACCUCCUUGGAGUACAAGUUCAGAUCUGGAGAUCCCUCAUUUCCCCAUUGCCAACCUGGCCUGUGUGGGGCUUGGAAGGACCUGAGGUGUCCUGGUGAUAGUGGGUCCUGUCUCUGCUUCCCACCUGGCUGGAACAUAGCUUGCAGAGGUU